AAUUUUUUUUUUUUUUCUGGACGGAGAAACCGAGCCGUUAUGUCGACGGGCUGCAGUCCGUAACAGUUUGUACUAUCCCGUCUAACGCGGAUUCAAAUGCAAGCCGACCCCCCUUAUCGAAGCCGUUCUGGUUAGCGACAUGUUUAGGUUUACUGAAAGUAGCCGCGACUCCGAAGUUGACCGAAGUGACGGCGUUUAGAGGACUCGUCGGUUCUCCGUGUGGAUCCGUGCAGACUCGGUCUGGAUGCUGCUCUCCGGUCUGCAGGCCACCUUCUGAUGGGUACAUACUGUGAGGCGGCGCACCAAGAAAACCAUAAAUCAUUCAGAACCGACGGCAACUGUGAAAGAAUGAAGAAAAGCUAGACAGUGGCGUCUGCAAAGAGCUGCGGGAGGUUUCCAACCGUUUGACCUAGCAAGUGUGUGACUGGACUAAAGACAAAAGUAGUGUGGCUUAUUAAAUCCCCCCAGAAAGCAACUUGACACAAAGGGAUCAACAUGAGUGCCGAGGGAUAUCAGUACAGAGCGCUGUACGAUUACAAGAAAGAGAGGGAGGAGGACAUCAGCCUACAUGUGGGGGACAUUCUGCUGGUGAGCAAAGGGGAGCUGGUGGCCCUCGGGUACACCGACGGCCUGGAACAGAGGCCAGACGAGAUCGGCUGGCUACCAGGCUUCAACGAAACCACCCUGGAGAAGGGGGACUUCCCGGGGACUUACGUUGAGUUCAUCGGGAGGAAGAGGAUCUCCCCCCCCACGCCCAAGCCGAGGCCCCUCCGUCCUUUACCCGAAGCUCCAGGGGGCUUCAGGGCGGACACCGACUCUGACUCGGAGCAAGGUUUCUGUCUGCUGGACUUGACGGAGCAGUUUUCCCCCCCGGAGACGAGUCCUCCCAUGAUGGCCAGACUGCUGGAAGCUAUCGAGAAGAAAGGUCUCGAUAACCCCACUUUAUACCGGACAUUUACCGCUGGCGGUGGACUUGAAGUCAGACAGUUUUAUGAUUGUGACCCGGCCUCGCCAGAUCUGGAUCAGGUGGAACUUCCCGUCCUGUGCGACGGUCUGCGCAGGUACCUGCAGGAUCUCCCCCAGCCCGUCAUCCCCGCUGCACUGCACCCUCAGAUGGUCCACACGGCCAAAGAGGUGGGAAACCCCGAGGAGUGCGCUCAGCUCCUGCGUCGCGUCGGCAGCACCCCGAGCCUGCCUCCCCAAUACUGGCUGACCCUGCACUGUCUGCUGAGGCACUUCUCUAGAGUCUGCCUGAACAGCUCCAAGAACCUGCUCAGCGCCAGAGCGCUGGGCGAGAUCUUCAGCGCUGUGCUUUUCAGACAGCAGGCCAGCAGUCCAAAACCGGCCUCCGGUUGCUGCUGAGCUCGACUCGAAGCGUUUAUUUACGUUCUCUGUUUAUUCCUCUCACAGCUCUACCUCCAAAGCCCCCCAAGCCCGCCCCCGCCCCUGCGCCCGCGACUAACAACGGUAUGAACAACAACAUGGCGCUGCAGGACGCCGAGUGGUACUGGGGAGACAUCUCCAGGGAGGAGGUCAACGAGAAGCUGAGGGACACGGCGGACGGCACUUUUCUGGUGCGAGACGCGUCGACGAAGAUGCACGGCGACUACACGCUGACUCUGAGGAAAGGAGGCAACAACAAGCUCAUCAAGAUAUUCCACCGGGACGGGAAGUACGGCUUCUCGGACCCGCUGACCUUCAGCUCGGUGGUCGAGCUCAUCAACCACUAUCGCAACGAGUCACUGGCUCAGUACAACCCCAAGCUGGACGUCAAGCUGCAGUUCCCCGUCUCCAAGCACCAGCAGGAUCAGGUGGUGAAGGAAGACAACAUCGAGGCGGUGGGGAGGAAGCUGUGCGAGUACCACCAGCAGUUCCAGGAGAAGAACAAGGAGUACGACCGCCUGUACGAGGAGUACACCAGAACGUCACAGGAGAUCCAAAUGAAGAGGACGGCCAUCGAGGCUUUUAACGAAACCAUAAAGAUAUUUGAGGAGCAAUGUCAGACGCAGGAGCGCUACAGCAAGGAGUACAUCGAGAAGUUCAGGAGAGAAGGCAACGACAAGGAGAUCCAGAGGAUCAUGGGCAACUACGAGAAGCUCAAGUCCCGGAUCAGCGAGAUCGUGGACAGCAAGCGGCGCCUGGAGGAAGACCUGAAGAAGCAGGCGGCCGACUACAGGGAGAUCGACAAGAGGAUGAACAGCAUCAAGCCCGACCUCAUCCAGCUCCGCAAGACCAGAGACCAGUACCUCACGUGGUUGACCCAGAAGGGAGUCCGACAGAAGAAGCUCAACGAGUGGCUGGGAAUCAAGAACGAGAACACCGAAGAUCAAUAUUCUAUGGUUGACGAUGACGAAGACCUCCCCCACCACGACGAGCGGUCCUGGAAACUGGGCAACAUCAACCGGCCGCAGGCGGAGGCGCUGCUCCAGGGCAAGAGGGACGGAACAUUCCUGGUCCGAGACAGCAGCAAAGCCGGCUGCUACGCCUGCAGCGUCGUCGUGGAGGGCGAGGUGAAGCACUGCGUCAUCAACAAGACCUCCUCGGGUUUGGGCUUCGCCGAGCCGUACAACCUGUACGGCUCCCUGAAGGAGCUGGUGCUCCACUACCAGCACACGUCUCUGGUGCAGCACAAUGACUCUCUGAACGUGACGCUAGCGUACCCGGUGUACACCCAGCAGAGACGGUGAGCCCCCCCCCCACGCCCCCACGGCUCGUUUUCCUCCCCACGCGGACACAAAGGAAAAGGUCCUCAGACGCCACGAUUACAGCGAUGGGCGCCGUUUGUCGUCCCCCGCCCCCUCCCCCCCCACUGGGACUUUGAAGACGGAACAUUUCAGUGACUUUGCCUGACCACGAGCCUGAAUGUGCAUCUUUCUCUUGCUUUUUGAGCGGAGGGGGGGUGAGUGAGGGGGGGGGGGGAGGCUGCCGCAGUGGAGGACGUCAGAGGCCUUUUCCCAACGGUGCUCGUUCUUCGCCAAAGCUUUACCGGCCGGGAAUGUUUAAUCGCAUCAGAUUAAGUCUUCAAAUGGAACUGUGCUCACCGGCCACAACGCUGUUCAAACCCCCCGCCCCUCUUAAUGUGUUUCUGCACAAGUGUUUGUGUGUGUGUGUGUGUGUGUGUGUUUGUGUGAGAGAGUGUGAGCGAGAGAUUGUCCAUGUGACCAAAACCCAUAGAAUCAGGAAAAUGUGAGAUCUCUGGGCAGGUUGUGUAACACAUCUGCUUGUGUUGACUGUUCAGUAGCAGACCAUGGAUCAGCUGAUAAAUGUAGCAAAAUGGCACUUUUUAAGACAAAGUUUUAAUUUCUUUUUUGGGGAAAAGACUUUUAAGAGAAAGGCAGAGACUUCCGCAUCCUGCCUUCGUACUGUUGAGCAUUAGAGUGCAGGUGAAACUAUGAAUGGACUCACUAUUUCAUGUACAUAUGUGAAAAAUGUGCACCGUCAGGACUCAAAGUGCACCGUACCAAAAAGGAUCCGUUCCUGUUUAGUUCUGAUCUGCUAUGCAAUUCUGUUUCCUUCUGUUGCAACCCACAAUAUAAGCUUGUGUUAUUGCUAUUUCCUGUGUAAAUAUCCAAAAGGAUACGGAGUCAAAAUGCCACGAAACACGAAAAAAAAUCAGAUUUUUAAAAGUUAAUAAUAGCAACAUACACUUUAUUAUAGAUUACUUUAACAACUGGUAUAAAGAUGGAGAUUUUUUUUUUUUUUUUGCUUCAAACUAAUGUUCUCAGGCGGAGCCUUUUGAGCUGCUUGUCACAAAAGUACUAUUUUCCAGAGCUACAUGCUACAUACAUGCUACACGCUACAUGCGGCUCUCUGAGGGGAAGCGAUGGUGGGAUUGUGACUCAUGUGUAGCGUCACCGUGGAAACCACAGGUAUAGAUUUAUUUUGUUAUAAAAUAUAUACGUUCCCACAAGAAUAUAUCAAAGCAGACCGAUGUUUAACUGAUGGAUACUAUUAAAAGAGCAUUAUCCUUUUUCCACUUAGUAUUUUUCUGUAUCAGAAAUUCACUGUUCACGCAGGCGAUCGGCUCAUUUCAGUCUUUAAUUUCACAAUCCAACCGCAGCUCCACUUCUCCCACAUCUUUUAACGGUACGAGUGUGAACAUAUUAAUAAAAGCCCAUCGUGCUUAUCGAGUAAUAAUAACAUACUUUGAUCAUAGAUCAGCCUGUUGAACAUUUAGAUCUAUUUUAUUCCCAAACUAAAAUGUAAUCAUGCUCAGCACAGCUGUUAAAUAUAUCUUAGCAUAACAAGUUAGUUGUAAAAUGAAAACAUUAACAUGACUAAAUAUUGAUUAGUUCUUUUCAAACUGGCCUCUGAAGUCUCUCCCUCUAUUUGUGUUAAAACGAUAAUUGAUCUUCUAGUCUAGUGCAGCUUGAGCGACCGACUAAGAUGUUUUCAGAUGUAUUUGACCAGAAUACUUAAUCGGUCAUGACGUUUAUUUUAUUAGGAGACUUUAUUCACGCCCCAUCAACUCCUUUUUAAUAAAUGUUUGACAUCAUGCACCAUUAUCUCUGCCCCGGGUUGUACGGUCUUUUUCCAUUUGAAGCUCAUUUUUGUGGGUGUCCCAGACAUGAUUAGAUUGAGAUCUACCAGUGUUCCCCAAAUUAUGCUUCAAAUCUGUAUUGGGCUUUUAAAAAAAAGAAAUAAACACUUCUUUUUAAGCAAUGA